GUUCCAAGUGGUCGUGGCGAUGGUCUUUUUAUUUAUGGUUUUGUAAGAGAGGAAGACAAGACAGGAAUCAUCGAAGGUGUUGAGAUCAACGUUGAAAUGGCGAGUGACGAGGUGUGUUUGGAUCAGCUUCCGAGGGCCUUGUUGGGCACCGUAAUGACGAAGCUCGACAUAGCUUCAAUCUGUUCAUUGGCUUCAACAUCUUCCACUUUUCGCUCAUGUGCCAAACACAUCCUUUCAUUCCUUCCUACUUUCCACCUUCUCGAUAUUGCGCCUUCUGCGAAAUUGUUAAGACCCUUGCUCCCACCCAAUCCAUACCUUACCAGUCUCAAGGUUGAGUGUGGUGGCCUUGACGAUUCUGCUAUUUCCUUCUUGCUCAAACCCUCCUUGCACGACCUCUCUCUCCACAAUUGUGUUGAUUUCAGUGGCAAACUCUUGUCUGAGAUUGGGAACCGAUGCAAAGACCUAAGGUCUCUCUAUUUGGGCUCAGUGGCAGAAAAAAGAGGAAGGGCUAUUCAUAUCUCUGAUUUGGAGGAGUUGCUCAGCGGUUGCUCCCACUUGGAAGAGCUGAUUCUGAUGUUUGAUGUCUCUCUCUUUCUGCGGCAUAACUUUGCUCGAGUUUGGGCUUCUGCCUCUGAGAAACUCACUUCUCUUGAGAUUGGCUACAUUUCUUCGGUUACAGUGACUGAACUGCUUAGCCCGAAUUUGGGACCCCAUCAGCCUUUAAAUCCUGUUCAACCAUCCAUACUUCCAAACAUUCAGAAACUGUGUCUUGGAGUGGAUUAUAUAACUGAUGCUAUGGUUGGUACAAUAUCCAAAGGUCUUGUCUUUUUGACCCAUUUGGAUCUUCGAGAUGCACCGCUGAUUGAACCAAGGAUUACAUUUGACCUAACCAAUGCUGGCCUUCAACAAAUUAAUCAACUUGGGAGAUUGAAACAUCUCUCACUUGUCAGAAGCCAAGAGUUCCUAAUUACCUAUUUUCGAAGAGUUAAUGAUCUGGGAUUUCUUCUAAUGGCUGACAGGUGUGCAAACAUGGAGAGCAUAUGCCUCGGUGGCUUUUGUCGUGUCACAGACACCGGUUUCAAAACUAUCCUGCAUUCUUGCUCUCAUUUAUACAAGCUAAAGGUUACUCAUGGGACUCAAUUAACUGAUCUAGUUUUUCAUGAUAUUUCUGCAACAUCUCUUACUUUGACACAUGUGAGCUUAAGAUGGUGCAAUCUGUUAACCAACCGUGCAGUUAUGAGUUUGGCAUCAAACAAGGAACUUAAAAUUCUUGACUUGAGAGACUGCAGGAGCCUGGGGGAUGAAGCUCUCCAGGCCAUUGGCACUCUUCCAAAAUUGAAAAUUUUACUAUUAGAUGGCUCUGACAUAACUGAUGCGGGACUUUCAAACUUAAGACCAACUGUUAUUAGUUCAUUGUAUGCGUUGUCUCUUCGAGGGUGCAAGAGACUUACAGAUAAAUGCAUCACAGCUUUAUUUGAUGGCUGUGGGGUGCUGGAAUUACGAGAACUGGAUUUAUCUAAUCUCCCUAACCUCUCAGAUAAUGGAGUUCUGCUGCUGGCAAAAACUCGAAUUCCCUUUUAUGAACUCCGUAUGCGACAGUGCCCGCUAAUUGGUGAUAUUUCAGUUAUGGCAUUGGCUUCAAUGCUGGUUGAUGAGGCCAGAUGGCAUGGAAGCAAUUUGCGUUUGUUGGAUCUUUAUAAUUGUGGUGGCAUUAAACAGCUUGCAUUUCGUUGGUUAAAGAAACCAUAUUUUCCGAGGCUCAGAUGGUUGGGAGUGACUGGAAGUGUUAAUAGAGAUAUGGUAGAUGCUUUAGCCAGGAAUAGACCAUUCUUACGCGUGGCAUGCCAUGGUGAGGAGAUUGGGGCUGACCCAUAUGAUACGUCAGAUGGUUUAUAUACUCAUGAUUAUGAUGAGGUAGAUGAAUUUGAGCAGUGGCUUCUUGAAGCGGAUGUUGACAGCGACGAUGAAGAAUUGGUUGAUGCUGAAAAUAAUGAAGUGGUCGUGUAAUUUGCUUUUAAAUUCUCGUAAUAUGUCUGCAUAUGUAUGUGUAUGUCUGUCUGGAUCUUGUUCUAUAGGUAUUUGUCACAGGUUUUAGUAGCUAAGACUUCUUGUAUGAUAUGUACUGUAUCUCACUACCGUUGCUUUUCCUAAACAUCCUCACUUUGUGUUUUUCACAGGCAUCUGAGGCGUUAAAGUGCCCUUAUUUGCAACUUUAUGUUGAUUAACAUCGUCCAUCUUUCAGU